AUGAUUGCUACACCUAUACAAUUACCUGUAGUUCUACAAAGGCAAAAAUCUGGUAAAGCGAGACAAGAAGUAACUUCAUCAACGACAACAACCAAUUCAUCUGCAACUGCAUGUUCUACAGCAAUAUCAACUCUAACAACAAGCAGCAGCAUGACAAAAUGGAAAAAUGAUUUUGUUGCGGAAUUGUUGAAAUUAAAAAACAAAUCAUUAAAUAAUCCAUUUUUUUCACCGGAACGUUAUAAUCAAACAAUUGAAUUAAUAAACAACGCUAAAUUAAAAAGUAAUGCUCAACGAAGUGACCAAGAAGUAUCACUUUUAAAAACAUAUGAUGUAAUUAACGAUGGUACUCAACAAAAAUUGGUUAAAAAUAUUAAUUCAUCAGAAGUUAAUUUAAUAAAAUAUUCUGUUAUGCCAUCGUGGUAUUAA